AUGGUUCGCAUCACCUCUGUCAUCACCUUCCUCCUCACCGCCGCCCUCGGCGUCCAGGCCGCUGCCACUUGCCAGUGUCUCUUCCAAGACGGCUCACACUGCUGUGUCUACUCUGAUGCCCGAGGUGCCGCAGAGAACUGCGAUAAUGUUUGUCGGGGCGCUCGCCGAUCUACAGAUAACGCUGCCUGCAAUGCCAACGGCAAGUGGUCCAGUGUCAGCGCAUGGAAUGCUCAGUGGCGAACUGGAUGCGCCAGUCAGCUCUUCUUGUUGAGAAUCCUUAUCAAACCGCCAGUCGACCUUGAGAUCUUAUCCACGAUGGCUUGCAGCGACGAAUACCCGCAGGGGGAGAUCUUCGCCAAGAUGUUCUCCCCCAUCCAAGAGCCGCAGGGCGAUGAAUCGCUUGACAUCAAGAGUGUAAGCGAGCAUCACUCAGAACAGGAGAACGUGGAAUCCAAACCGCACUAUGAGCCUCUCGAUCACGAGACUCGCAAGCACAUGAGUGAGAAGAAGAGGGUAUAUCUCAAGCGUAAAAGGGCCAAAGGGUGCAAGCUUGGGUAUAUCAACAAGAAGAAGGAUGAUCGGGCUCAGCGGAAGGAGGAUACCAAGCAGGACAAGGCCGAGGUGAAUGACAUGGAGUUGUUUCACUUGUACGCCAAGGCCUGUUAUGCCGAUGGAGUAGCCGACACGUUGAAUAUGAACGGUUGA